UCGUUCGGUUCUUCUCCUGUGCGGGAGCCAUGGCGGCGUCUGAGGCGGCGGCGGCGGGGUCCGCGGCUCUGGCCUCGGGUGUCCCGACCGCCCCGACGGCCGCGAGGGGAGCCGCCGCCGCCGCCUCGGGCCCGUGGGGGCCCCCCGGACGGCUGAGGGGCAGCCGGCCGCGGCCCGCGGCAGCGAGACAGCAGCCCGCGGGUCCCGCGCCUCCGGCCCGGGAGCUGAUCCAGCCGUCGGUGAGCGAGCUGUCCCGGGCCGUGCGGACCAACAUCCUGUGCACCGUGCGCGGCUGCGGCAAGAUCCUGCCCAACAGCCCGGCGCUCAACAUGCACCUGGUCAAGAGCCACCGCCUGCAGGAUGGCAUAGUAAAUCCAACAAUAAGAAAGGAUUUGAAAACUGUACCGAAAUUCUACUGUUGUCCCAUUGAAGGAUGUCCUAGAGGCCCUGACAGACCAUUUUCUCAAUUUUCUCUCGUAAAACAGCACUUCAUGAAGAUGCACGCCGAAAAGAAGCAUAAGUGCAGUAAGUGCAGCAAUUCUUACGGCACGGAGUGGGACUUGAAAAGGCACGCCGAGGACUGCGGCAAGACCUUCCAGUGCACGUGCGGCUGUCCCUAUGCCAGCAGAACUGCGUUACAGUCUCACGUCUACCGCACUGGCCAUGAGAUCCCGGCAGAGCACAGGGAUCCACCUAGUAAGAAGAGGAAAAUGGAGAGCUGCUUGCACAGCCAGAAGUUGUCCAGUAAGACCACUGAGGCCUUGAGCACCCAACCAGCUGCAAGACCAGAUACUCAAGAACUGGAAACUUCAGAUAUAAAGCUGGUCACUUCUUUUGAAGACUCUUGCAACUCUAAUGCCGGAAAGCAGACUCUUACAACACCUCCAAGAUACCCUCAGAAGUUGCUUUUACCCAAGCCCAAGGUGGCUCUGGUGAAACUUCCUGUUAUGCAGUUUUCUCCCAUGCCUAUCUUCGUGCCUACAGCUGACUCCUUGGCCCAGCCUGUGGUGUUGGGUGUCGACCACCAGGGUUCUGCCCCUGGCGCUGUGCACAUACUGCCCUUGUCAAUUGGAACCCUGAUCCUCGGCCUCGAUUCGGAGGCUGGCUGUCUGAAGGAAAGUCUCCCUCUUCCAAAAAUUGUAAGUCCUGUUGCCAUGGAGCCAAUUAGUACAGGCGUUCAAGUGAACUUGGGUAAGAGCCUGUCUAAUCCUUUACAAGAACUAGGGAACACAUGUCAGAAGAACAGUAUUUCUUCAAUCAAUGUACAGACAGACCUGUCUUACGCCACGCAGCACUUCAUACCUUCCACACCGUGGGCUGGGCCUGAUUCCUCUGUAUCUUCUUGUUCUCAAACAGAUUUGACGUUUGGUUCUCAAGUCUCCCUUCCCAUUAGUGUUCAUACGCAAACGUUUUUGCCCAGUUCCAAGGUGACCUCGUCCAUUGCUGCUCAAACUGAUGCAUUUAUGGAUGCCUGUUACCAGUCAGGUGGGAUCUCCAGAGAAACCCAGACGAGUGGGAUGCAAAGUCUGACAGAUGACCGAGUACCAAUGGACCAAGCUGUUAUGGGUGGGGACAUUUUUGAGAGCGUCCAUUCAUCCUACGGUGUUUCAACAGACAGUAUUAUAAGCAGCAGCUUAGUAGCAGAGACUGUCGCUCAUGAUUUGUUACCUCAGACCCACCCUAAGACUUUAAAUCAAGAUCUUGAGAAAUCAGCACCAAUUAUAACCUUCAGUGCACAGCACAGCAUGCUUCCUUCACAGAACAUGACAGAUAAUCAGACCCAAACUAUAGAUUUAUUAAGCGAUUUAGAAAACAUCUUGUCAAGUAAUCUCCCCAGUCAGACACUGGACAAUCGUGGUCUUUUGUCUGACACAAGUACCGGACCUGACCCCCAGCUCCCAUCUGGCCCAACCCAGAAUCCCGCAAUUGAUUUUGAUAUUGAAGAGUUCUUGUCUGCCUCAAAUAUCCAGACUCAAACUGAAGAGAGUGAGCUUAACACCAUGACCACCGAGCCUGUCUUGGAAUCGCUGGACAUAGAGACCCAGACGGACUUCUUCCUUGCAGACACAUCUGCUCAGUCCUAUAGUUGUAGGGGAAAUUCUAACUUCUUGGGCCUUGAAAUGUUUGACACGCAGACACAGACAGACUUAAACUUCUUUUUAGACAGUAGCCCCCACCUGCCUCUGGGAAGUAUUCUGAAACACUCCAGCUUUUCCAUGAGUACUGAUUCAUCUGACACAGAGACCCAGACUGAAGGAAUCUCCGCUGCUAAAAACGUACCUGCUGUAGAGAGCAAAGUUCAGUUGAACAGUACGGAGACACAGACCAUGAAUUCUGGCUUCGAAACCCUGGGGAGCUUGUUCUUCACCAGCAACGAAACUCAAACAGCAAUGGAUGACUUUCUUCUGGCCGAUUUGGCCUGGAACACAAUGGAAUCUCAGUUCAGCUCUGUAGAAACCCAGACAUGUGCAGAACUACACAGGGUGUCCGACUUCUAAAAGUGAAGUCCGAGCGUGCGACGGCAUUGACGAUUUCCUUCUGCAUUGGGAAAAUGGAGAGCGGGACAACAGUGUUAACGCUAUUGAAUGUAGUUACUGAUGCAUUUACUUCAGUUCUUGGAGGGUCUUUGCCUUUUGUACUUGUAAACAUGAAAUUUGUGUAUAAAUGUGAGUGUAUGAUAAAGUGUAAGAUGUUGGUCUAAAUAAUACUGUUUCUGUGUUGCCUACAUUUGCCCUGUCAUGGUUAGUCUUCCCAUCUUCAAAACACAGUGUAUUUCAUGCCUUUCAAACCCAUCUAGCAUUAGCUGAAGCCAAGCUUACCAGGUCCUAGGGUACAGACUUUUCAGACCUUCAAACCAUUUCAGUGGAAAUGUGUCUUGCUUAACUUAAAUUGCUCCUAAAAUAUUUGACAGUGCUUGUUAGAAAUUCCUGUUUCCUGAUAGUGAAUCUAAAGAAAUCAGAUGCCACACAUCAGAUGUAAGCGCCAGCGCUCAGAUGUCAUGGGACUCAUGCUGCCUACGGCUUCAUCUGCUUUGACAUCUCACUUUUUUCUGACUUGAAGACAAAGGAGAACUACAGCCGUCUUUAGCUUCUGAGACCAUCUCCAUGUAGUCAAUGUCAUUCUUCCUUUACAUGAACUAUUACUGAGACCAACCCACAUGUACAGUACUUCCUCACAAGACUUGUUGCUGUACAAUUACUGCUUCGAGAAGUAGCGGCAAGCACUUAGUGUAAAUAGCGAUCCUUCUAGUCCAAGUAACCGUACGUCAUUGCAGCCGUGGAAACUCAUCCUGGAGUGCGCCCUGGGAACAUCCCUCCUGCUCUCCCCAGUAGGCGAGGGUGGUACUCCACAGCUGCUUCUCAAAAUGUACCCAUAGGCUGGAUCUGAGUUUUGUCUCUCUAAAUGUUAAAAAAAAAUAAGGGAAAGAGAAAAAGGACAUACCCCUGGCUAAAUUUCAGUGUAAGGUAAUAGGACAAGAGUGCAAUCAACAGUUACUCUAAAGUGAACCUUCUCAUCCACUUCUCAUCUUUUCCUUGAAUAAGGAAAGACAUUGGGCUAGCAAGGAUGUUAUCUGUGCCUUGAGGAUAGCAAGUAUAGAACAGAUCCACCUAAAAUAUGGUAUUCUGCAUUUUGUUGCUUUGUUUAGACGGCAAUACCAGUCUUCAAAGAAAAGGAGGUGAAGACCAGUUAUUUCAGUAAUCGAGGACAUCCAUGUUUUUAGAUAGGAGCAUGGUCAUACAUGCUUUGGAGGUUAACUAUUUAGGAUUGUUGUCCAACUUUCAGCCAAGGAAAAAAAUCAGCGCAGCCUGUACGUUUUCGAAGUUUGUUAAGAAAAAGUUCCUUCUGUGGCACGCUUAUGCUGCUGAAGGCUAAAUCCUCAAGAUAAAACUUAAGGAGUGGACUAAUAACCCCAAGUAAAUAGAUGAUGUUACUACUGAUUCCGGUCCCAUAGAAGAAUAGUUGGUAGUGAAUAAACAUAUCCUGGAGAGAUGAACCCAACCUGGUAGAUAAGAGUUUGCUUUGGUCACAGUGGCCUAUGACUAUGGGUUUCAAAACAAACAUAAAGCCUUAACUAGAAUUUCAUUGUUUUAGAAUUGUCACUGCCUUAAUGUUCGAACAUUGAUUUAAGUUCUCCCAGCAAAGGAGAAGUGCAUGUUUGUUUAUGGCUUUUUUUGUAAAUAUAAAUGCAGUGAUCUUUGGCUUUAAAAAAUUUGUUCCUGUGAAAAUGUUUGUUAAUUAAUCCAGCCAGUAGAGUUAUUUACAGAACAAUUGAGCAUGUCAUAGUUCUUUAUGUACAAGAAUUGUUUUCCCUCCCAAAAACCUUAGUUACCUGAAUUGUCCUAAGAUUAUUCGUAAUAACUGAAAUUCAGUGAUUAAAGAGAAGUGAGAAUUCUA